CCGCUAUCAGCUGACCGCCCCAGAGUCACGUGACAAACCAGGAAGUUCCUGUUCAGCUCCACAAACACAACAAAAACAGAACUCUGCUCCUUUUAGAGAUUACUCCUGUUACUCAUCAUGACGAAACAACCUUAAAACCAUGACUCGGUGUGUGGAUCUCCUGGUUUGUGUUAUUCUGUGUUUGUUUGGAGGAGGUUUAUCCUUUAAAGAGGAACUGAGUCUGAGUCUGAGUCUGAGUCUGAGUCUGGACGGUAAAUGGAGUCUGUCUAACUCCAAUGGGUCACUGUCUCUGCCUGCAGAGGUUCCUGGAUGUGUUCACACAGCUCUACAGCAGCAGGGCUUCAUCCAGGAUCCAUAUUUCAGGUUCAAUGAUCUGUCUUAUCGGUGGAUCGCCUUCGAGAACUGGACGUACACAACAACCUUUACAGUCCCUAAAGAGCUGAGGUCCAAACAGAAGCUUCAGCUCGUCUUCGAAGGAGUCGACACUGUAGCAUCAGUUUCUCUGAAUGGAGUCAUCGUUGGGAGGACUGACAACAUGUUUCGUAGAUAUGAUUUCCCAGUGAGAGAGCAGCUGACUGACGGGGAUAACGCCCUGAGAGUCAGCCUGUUGUCUCCGGUUGUUUACGCGUCUGAGCGGAGGGAAGCUCACUCUGCGUACAGAGUUCCUCCUGAGUGUCCUCCAGACGUGCAGAAAGGAGAGUGUCACGUCAACUUCAUCAGAAAAGAGCAGAGUUCCUUCAGCUGGGACUGGGGCCCGUCGUUCCCCACGAUGGGACUGUGGAAAGAAGUCAGACUGGAGGCGUUUGACAUCCUGCAGCUCAUCCAGGUUUCAUCUGUUCCUCUUUACAACUCCAGCCUCUCUCAGUGGAGACUCCAGGUCGAGCUUCUAGUCGAUGUGGUUCAGACCAUCAACGGUCAAAUCACGCUCUCCUUACCUGAGCUGGACUCAGAGGAGACCUUCAACACUCAGUUUGUACCAGGAAGGACCAAGAACAGCUUCACCGUGUUCAUCAGCAAGAGCAGCGACGUGAAGCUGUGGUGGCCCAAUGGACACGGUGACCGACCCUUUUACCGUCUCAACGUCAGAGGCUUCCAGGACGGAUUUCUGAUCCUGAACACAGAAACGAAGGUGUACUUUCGAACAGUUGAACUUGUCCAGGAGCCAAUCGUUGGGUCUCCCGGCUUGAGCUUUUAUUUCCGCAUCAAUGGGAAACCAAUUUUCCUCAAAGGCUCCAACUGGAUCCCGGCCCACUCCUUCCAGGACCGCGUCACCCCUGCUGUCUUAAGGAACUUGUUGCAGUCAGCUGUUGAUGCGAACAUGAACGCUCUCCGAGUCUGGGGAGGAGGAGUCUACGAGCAGGACCUCUUCUACAGCAUCUGUGACGAGAUGGGACUCAUGGUUUGGCAGGACUUCAUGUUUGCCUGCGCCAUGUAUCCCACCGAGGACGACUUCAUACAGACUGUGAGAGAGGAGGUCGUCCAGCAGGUACAACGUCUGAAGUCUCACCCCUCCGUUAUAAUCUGGAGCGGGAACAAUGAAAACGAAGCGGCUCUGGCGACAGACUGGUUCAGCAUCCCAGCAGCACAGAGGCCCCUGUACCUGAAGGACUACGUGACCCUGUACGUGAACAACAUCAGAGAAAUAGUUCAAGAGGAGGAUCAGAGUCGUCCGUUCCUCGUCUCCAGUCCAACAAACGGGGCUGAGUCGGAGCAGGAGGGAUGGGUGGCGUCAGAUCCGUAUGACCUCCACUACGGGGACACCCACUUCUACAGCUACACUCUGGACUGCUGGGACUGGACCACCUUCCCUCGGACACGUUUGGCCUCCGAGUACGGCUUCCAGUCCUGGCCGUCCUUCUCCACCCUGGAGCCUGUGUCCGUUAAAGAAGACUGGAGCUACAGCAGUAAUUUCUCCUCCCAUCGUCAGCAUCACGGGGACGGGAACCAGGAGAUGUUGCUGCAGGCUGAGAUACACUUUGACCUGCCAAACUCCACAGAUCCUCUGAAGAGAUUCACAGACACUCUCUACAUCACUCAGGUCAUGCAGGCUCAGUGUGUGAAAGCUCAGACCGAGUUUUAUCGCAGAAGUCGGAGUGAGAUCAUCGAGGGCAAAGGUCACACGAUGGGCGCCCUCUACUGGCAGCUGAAUGACAUUUGGCAGGCGCCGUCCUGGUCGUCACUCGAGUUUGGUGGAAAGUGGAAGAUGCUGCAUUAUUUUGCACAGAGCUUCUUCUCCUCCGUUCUGCCUGUGGGGUUCGAGGACGACGACACGCUGCUCAUCUACGCCGUCUCAGACCUGAGUGAGGACCUGAAGCUCCGUGCUGUGGUUUCAGUGUAUUCAUGGUCAGACCUGGAUCCAGUCUGCACUCUGAAGUCAGACCCGCUCCUCGUCCCUGGAGGCUCCGCUGUGGUUCUUUACAAACAGCCUGUCGCCGCCCUGCUGGGUGGAUGUGGACGCUGCACUCGCCUCACCUGCCUGCUCACCUUUCACCUGGAGGACAGCAGCGGGCAGCGGGGUCCAACAAACCACCACUUUCUGUCCUCACCCAAAGACGCUCAGGGACUCCAGAGACCAAACAUCACAGCGAAGGUCCAGGAAGAUGAGACGGGAUACUCUGUGACCCUCCACUCUACCUCUGUGGCUGCUUUCGUCUGGCUGGAUGUGGGGAACAUCCCCGGACGCUUCAGCUCUAACGGCUUCCUCAUGGUGACCAGAAACAGGACGGUCAGUUUCACAGCGUGGCGCUCCACCAGCGUCACCGAGCUCUCUGGAUCCCUCAGCAUCACGUCUUUAAGAGACGUUUACUGACCUGAGACCACCUGGACUUAAGUACAGUGUCCUGGUUCCACUGUAUGUACUGCUGCUGCUUUGAAGGAGAGAUUAAUAUUUUAGCUGCUGAGUUCUGACGUGGAUAUUUUCCAAACAGGUUUUAUUGCCAAACAAAGGAGAAAGUUUCCAAGAAACGCUCAGAGCAGAAAAGCUUCAGACAACAGUUAGACCAUUGUAGGAAAUUAAAGCUCUCCACAGAGUGACCCGCUGUUCUCCUUCAGUAGAGGGAACACUCUGAGACACAGCAGGCCUUUACUCAGAGCUUCUCUGAGAAGUUUAAGGCUGGUUAUGAAACAGUCUGAAAUGAAUGCUGAUACCUCGACAUGAGCUUUUGAAGAAAACACAAUCUUUAGCAAUAAGAUUGAUCAUUUCUGUGCAGUAAUUAUCCUCAGGGAGUUAUUUAUUUGA